AUGGUUGUCGAGUGUACAAAUGCACAAUGCAAAAAAUCUGAAUUUCAGUAUAUAAUUCCAAUUAACGUACAAGAUUGUACUGGAACCAUUGGAUUGACUCUUUUUGAUAGGGAAGCAAGGAGGUUGUUAAAUAUAAGUGCCUACGAGUUGAAAAAGAUACAUGAUGCGGCCGGAGACAGUGAUGCCCUAUUUCCAAUGCAACUUAACGUGUUGAAAAACCGCAAGUUUGGUUUUGUUGUAGAUAUUACAGAAUACAAUGUCAACAACUAUAAUAACAUCUACACAGUUCUCAGAGUUACAGAAGAUAUGUCCAUUGUUUGUGAAUUGGAAAGUAAAAUAGAACUUAUGAGUAUUCAAUCUGUCUCCUUAAAUCAAGUUGCUUUGGAAUCCGAUGAUGUUGUACAGCCUGUUCAAAAGGAUGUGAUCUCACAAACAGACGAAAGUUUUACACCCUCAACAGUUGAUAAGUCAACCGCAACAAGUCCUUGCAAAAUAUCAGGUGAUUUGAAGCGCAACCUCCAAGAAAUUUAUGAUGUUGAUUCUGGAUAUGAUUUAAGUUCAACUAAGGCUAAAAGAAAGUCAACCGCAGAGGAAACUCCACUCUUGAUUCCAAAAAUUGAAAAGUGA